AACGAACGGACGUGUUUGCGCGUGGGCGCCUAGUACGACGAAAAAAAAUCGAAAUCAAAACGCAACUAGAAGAAUUUAAUAAUAGCCCAAACACAACAAACAUCGUGUAUGCGUGCGUGAGUGUGUGUCAAAGUGCAGUGUGACGCCGCACUAUAGUGUAAUUAGCAAUAAAUAAUUGCGAGCGCAAAAUCAAAAAGAAAGUGCCAAAGAAAAAAGAAAAGUAAACGCAGAGCGAUUUGUUAUUGCUAGAAAUUUGUUGUGCGUUCACCCGUUGUGUGCAAGUGUGUGUGUGACUGUGUCUGUGUUCUGUUGUUGCUGUAUCGGCGCGCGAGGCGCUGCUUAUGCAAAUGUGCUGCGCUGCGCUGCGUCCUCACACAGCGGUGGCCCACAGAAAUAGCAAUUGCUGUUGCGCCUGCAAGUUUUAUGAAUGAGUCAAGGCACGGGGCACAGCCGCACAGCCGCACAGCCGUGAACAGCAACAGCAGCUGAAAUAGGAGGAGGAGGACGAGGAGGAGGAGGAGCGGGAGGAGCGAGAGCAGCAGCACUCAUCCAAGCUUAACCACAUUGCAUCCACACUUGCUACAAAAUGGCCUUCAGCUACGCUUGUCUGAUGCUGCAGCGAGUGGUCGUGCCGGCUGUCCUGGUAUUGGCAUCGCUGAUGCGACCAGUGGGCAUCUCGUUCGUGUACCUGUUAAUGUUCUUCAUCUCGCCCUUCGUACCGCUGGCGACGCGUCGCAACUUUAAGGGCUCUGUGACGGCGUUCUUUAUUAUCCUGCUCUCCUUGAGCGCCUUCGUGCUGCUGGGUCACAUUGCGCUUCAGGUGGCUGCCGUCAGCGUCUCGCUGCCCAUCUACAACUGCUCCUUCAGCGAGCGACUGCUGCGGCACAUUGGCUUCAUGAGCUUCGUGGACUUGAAACCCAUGGCCAUAAUUGAAUGGCUGGCACCCGAGGUCCUGGUCUUUGCCACGGCCUUGGCCAGCUUCCUCAGCGUCAAGCGCCUGGCCAAUCAAACCCUCAGCGCCGAGCAGCUGGAGAAUGGCGAGCUGCCUGAGGCCCAGUCGGAGCCGCCUGCCGCUGGCCUCGAUUCGAAUGGCGCCGAUGUGCAACAGGCAACGGCCACAACGCCGCUGCAACAGAGUCAGCAGCAGCUGCGCAAACGCGUCUCCAUGAUCAGCCAGCACAUACACUUCGAGGGCUUGAUCAAGAUAUCUCCUCUGUUCUGUUUGGCCACAUUGUUCUUUGCGGCCGCACUGCGUCCAUCGGUGCCAGGUGGAUUUUAUUUUCUCAUAUUUUUGCUGGCGGGCACUUAUUGGGCAACCUGCCAGACGCUGCAACGUGGCUUUGCUUUGUUGCUGCGCUGCGUCAUGGUCGUCCUUGUGCUGCAUUCGCUGUGCCUUGUCUCCUAUCAAACGCCCUGGAUGCAAAGUCACCUCAAUCACACGAGCCUCACAGCGCGUCUGAUUGGUCUGGAGCCGCUCAUCGAGUCGUAUUGCUCGCCAGACAUACGCGUUCUGCUCUACAAUAACACUUUGACCUUGGACUCGUAUCUGAAUCCGUUCGCCUUGUUCUUCGCCUACUUUGCACUGGCGCUGACCACAAAACAUCUCAUCAAGCCGAGGCUGGUUCGUCAGAGCACGCGCAAGACACGCGCCUCCCAGGCCGUGGAUGCGAGCGGUGCAGCUGCCACAGCCUCGACUGCGACACGUGGCAACGACAUACAGCUGGAUCAGCUGGAGCGGCACUCGGAGCACGAGAACAGCACCACCUCGAUACUCGAUCAGAUUUCCUACGGGUUCGUCAGCGUGGGCGGCUUUAUCUAUCAGAAUAGCUAUAUAUUCACGAAUAUACUCAUGAUGGCCUGGUCCAUUGUCUACCACAGCUGGCUGACCUUUGUGCUGCUGCUCUGGGCGAAUGUGCUCUGGAUGAUACCGAAUCAGCGCAAAGCCAUGAUGCGCUCGAGUCCCUUUAUAGUGCUCUAUGCGGAGCUGCUGCUGGUCGCCCAGUAUAUCUAUGGCAUGGAUCUGAAUAACAAUGAGCUACCUACCAAGGUCUCAACGGCUGGCAUUAAUCUGCAGCAAAUCGGCUUCGAGCGACCCAUUGAGAAUCAUAUGCGUCCCUGCGUGCCGCUGAUUGUGAAAACCGCCUUCGUGCUCAUGUUCUGGGUGACGUCGCGCCAGUUCUUCAAGGAGAAGCGGGACAGGAGGCGAGAUAGCACCUUGGCCGAUAUCAUAGCGCCGCUGCAGAUAACAGUCGGCUCAGCGGGCUCCACCUACCCCAUCAACGAUGGCAAGAAGACCUCAAAGUUCCUAAAGAAAGCCGGCGAUGUGAUCAAGAAUCUACUAGUCCGUCUCUGGAUCUGGCUCCUGGUGCUAGUCAUCUUUCUGUGCGCCAUCACGGGCGAGGAUAUGACCGGCUUUCGCAUUUGCUACAUGGGAUUGUUCCUAUUCUUCUUGCUCGUCUUUCAGUCCUCGUCCAAGGCAUGGGUCAAGAUCAUGUACGGCUUCUGGCUGUUCCUCAUCUUCUAUGCCAUGUCCAUUCUGAUACUGAUCUACACAUAUCAAUUCGAUAAGUUCAACAUCUACUGGAUGGAGUAUCUCAACGUGUCUGAAACUCUCCAAGCCGACAUUGGCUUGAAGCUCUACAAGACCAAAGAUCUGUUUCUGCACCUCGUCUCGCCCACGAUCAUUGUCAUUCUGACUGUCAUCCAGGUGCAUUACUUCCACAAGCGUUUCAUUGCCUCGCUGCAGCAGCAGCAGCAGCAGCCGUCCACGGCGGCGGGAGCCCAGGGCGCCCUGCAGGUGCCCAAGCAAACGGAGCACGGUGCCGCGGAGGCAGCGCCAUCGAAGCGUCGUGGCAGCGCCAGUUCGCUGCGUCGCUCCGGUGGCCACACAACAGAGGGCGCCACCACAGACUUCGAGACGUCUGUGCGGGAUUUGGUGCGCAUUUCGUUCCGCAAAAUCAAGAACAAAUCGGAGUACAUAUUCAAGCGCUUCAAGACCGUCUUCUGGCGCUUCCUCGAGCUGCACAUCAUGAAGGCCGUCUACAUAGCCGCCUUCGUGUGCAGCGUGAGCGAGGUCUGUGUGCUGCACAUCAUCUUCGUGGGCUUCUGUGUGCUGGGCGCCACGUCGAGGAAGUCGGUGCAAGUGGUGGUCAGUCGACUGAUUAGCUUCAUAGUGACCAUCAUAGUGCUCUCGAAGAUGAUCUAUCAAAUCGAGUACCUCGAUCAUAAGCAAUAUAAUGUCAGCUGCUCCGACAAUCGCACCGCCAACAACGCCGAGUGGAUCGGCCUCACCAAGGCGAGCAAGGUGGAGGGCGGGCUGAUGAGUCUGCUGCGCACCUACAUCGUCUACAUGGUGAUUGUCACCAUGCAUGCGGUCAUCUCGCUGCGCCAGCUGCAGAUGCGCGUCAAGAUUGGCGAGAACGUGGCCAAUCAGCCGAAGCUGCUCUUCCCGAACAUCACGCGCGCCGACGCCGAGCAGGACUUGGUUGGCCUGGUCAAGUAUUUGCUUAACUUUGGCUUUUACAAGUUCGGCAUUGAGAUCUCCCUGAUUGCGCUCGUGUCGACAAUCACCUAUCGGCAGGACAUUGUGGCGGUGGUGUAUGCCCUCUGGCUGGUGGUGCUGCUGCUGCUCAAGCGCUCGCAGUGCGCCAAAGUGUGGGGCGUGUUCCAGGCCUUCUUCGCCAUCUCCAUACUGCUGCAGUACAUUGUGCUGGUGGGCCUGCCACCAAGCAUGUGCCUGGUCUAUCCCUGGGACGAGGGCUCCUUUGGCGAGAGCAUUCAGCGCUGGACCAUGCUCCCGGGCGCCCUGCACUUCAACCACGUGCCCAAGCUCAUUUUCGACUUCAUCGUGUUGGUCAUUCUGAAUCGACAGAAGAGCAUCUUCUGCAUCGAGCAGCGCUACGCCACCAACGACGACUACCCGGGCGGCAGCAAUCGCAGCGUCAUCGGCGACAUCGCCCAGCUGGGGCGCGUGCCCUUCGACAAUCCCACGCACGACUUCUGCUCGUACAUACGAAACUACGCGGACAUACUGAAGAACGGCGUGCUCUGUGGCUUCUACUGGAUCACCUUGGCUGUCGUCUUUCUGGCCGGCACGAAUAUUGCGGACCUGCUGGCGCUCGGCUACCUGAUUGGCGCGUUCAUCUUCCUCUGGCAGGGCUCCGACUUCUAUUUGCGCCCCAUCCACACGAUCAUCAGUCGCUGGAAGUGGCUGCUGGCCUUCAAUGUGAUGAACAUCGUCAUCAAGACGAGCAUCCAAAUGGCGGGCUGCCUGUUCAUGACGUCGCUGACCACCAACUGCUGCUGGCUGGUGCACAUGCUGGGCAUCACCUGCACGAGCAGCCUGCUCCAUGAGCAGGAGCUGCUGCCGGGCGAGGAUCCGGACCUGUCCCUCGACCCCAACGAGUGCCCCAAGAUAACGCACCAAGUUGUCCUGCUGUGGGACUCCAUUUGCUUUGCCUUCAUCAUAUUCCAGCUGCGCAUCUUCAAGUCCCACUACUUCUGUCACAUCAUCACGGACACGAAGGCCAACAACAUUCUCGCCUCCAGAGGCGCGGACAUCAUCGAGAGCCUGCGGCAGAAGCAAAUUGCCCAUCGUCACGACCACGAGAAGCAGGUGCUGCACAAGAUCAAGCGGAAGAUGGAGCGCAUCCGGGCCACGCAGCAGAAGAUGCUGCGUCCACUGGACAAGCAGACGCACUUUGAUGGACGACGCACGCCUGUGGAGCCGAGCUUGGCCGAGGAGGAGGCGCCGCUGGCGCACCAGAGCAGCUUCGUCUCCUGCCAGGGCUCGGGCUACCAGACGCCAGACGGCGGCAGCUCCAGCUCGGGCACAUCCUCGCCCGCGCGCGCCUCCCUGAUGUCCAGUCACAGCAGCAGCAGCAGCGCCUCGAGCGUCGAUAGCGCCGAUGCAGCUGUCGUCAUUGAGCCGGAGAUUAACAUAAUGCCCUGCGAGGAGGAGCCCAACUAUGUGGAUGUGCAGUCGCUGAGCGAGGCGAACCUGCCCGUGAUCAAGCCACCAACAGCUGUAAGUGCUGCCAUUGGGCCUAGUGCUCCCACCUUCUCUACCUGUUCCUUGCCUCCCUCGAAGCCCAACACGCCCAGCACGGAGGCACUGUCCGCCCUGUUGACCGAGGGCUUCCUGGAGCCGAAGCGCAUUUCCCUGGGCCUGGCGCCGUCCGAGCAGAGCGGACCUAGCCUGAACAUGCAAGCCCUGGUGCCGCCCCUGGCCUCGUACGCCACGGCCUUGGCCUCGAGUGCGGGCAGCUCGGCGAAUCCGACGCCCAAUUUGCGCCGCCAGCAUCGACGGCAGUCGUCCACCAAUGCAGCCGUGUCCUGGAACGAGACGGUGUCCAUCAAGCGCUCGCCCCUCAAGCAGAAUGCGUCGGCGGAGCGUGAGGAGCUGGUUACGAUGCGAGAGAAGUCGCUGCAUCGUCGCCACCAGAGCAUGGGCAACGCCAACUACUCCCUGGACGAGGCUCAACGGCUGCAGCGCUCCAGCAACCUGUCUGGCGCCCGGGAUGAGGCGGCGCUGCGUGCUGCACAGCGUCCGCACAGCUGGGGACCCGUCGGUACGGCCUACUAUAUGGAGUCGCUGAUGUGCGCCUUCUAUGAGCCCGCUCUGCUGCAUGGACCAUCGACUCGAGCCGGCGACUAUUACAUGUUUGAGGAGAUGGAUGACAAGUUCGAGCUGGAUCUGAUACACGAUGAAAUCGACUUUUUGGAGGAGGAGAACAUUACGGAGAGCGAGAUGAAAAUGCAACGACGCAAGACUCUUUAUGACAAAUCGAAGGAUGCGCCCACGGACUUCUUUCCGUCGACCAGCAAAGGCGUCUCAAAGGAGCGCGAUGCAGCCGGAACGACAAGCAAGGCCAAGGAUAUUACGGAUCUGCCAGCAACGGCUACGGCGGCGCCCGUCGCCUCCAAGGAAACCUCGGACAGCAAGUCGAAAAUGGAACCGGAUAGCGGCGAUGUGACGGCCAAGGAUUCAGAUGAGGAUUUCGAUACGAAUCCCAUAAUACGAUUGCUGGAGGGCUUCCUGGUCACACUGACCAUACGCCUGAAUCGCUUCUCGCGCAAUUAUCGCUUCGUCAAUCGAAUUCUAGCGGGCGAGAAGAAAACCCUGAAAGAAUCCAGUUCGCUGAAUCGUUUGGGCCUAUCCAGCGCCGCGGCCAUGUUCCAUUUUCUGAAAUCGAAUCUCGAGAGUGAUGAGCCAGCUUCAUCAUCCACACCGCGUCGCUCGCAGCUGGCUACGGCGGCCGCAGCAACAACAACAACAACAACAACAGAUACAACAUUAACACCCACAGACAACAAUCACACCAGCACAACACUAGACACAACAACAACAACAAUCACACCGCUCACACCGCCAGAACAAGCACACGUUAGGCCACCGGCAACCAGUACGCCCCACCAACAGUCACACGCUGGCGAAGAUAUCAUCGAGUUGCCCGUAGAUACCGUUGAUGCAGCAUUCUCUAGAAAACAAUCAAUCAGUUCAUCGCCGCCGAUCAAGGGCCGCAAAUCGGAUUGCGGCCUGCCAGAAAUACGCAUUAAAGCGCCAUCUAUUGAGCGCAGCGUGCAGCAGCAGCAGCAGCAGCUGCCGCCGCCGCCGCCACCGCCUCAGCCGUCUCACACGCCCCUUCAUCAUCCGCAUCCCCAUCAACAUCAUCAUUAUCCAGCGCAUCAUCAGCAGCAGGCGAGCAUUGGUUCGGGUUCGCUCAGCAAACACUGGUCCUACGAGCACGUGGACAGCGCGGGCGACUUCAAUCUGGAGGAGGAGAACUUUGCGCAGCGGGAUCAUCACAUCAUUGUCGAGGUGCUCAUCUCCUCGUGGUACGCGCUGCUGGCCAACACGGAUCUCAUAUGCUACAUUGUGGUGUUCAUCAAUCAGGUGGUCAAUGCUAGCAUCAUCUCGCUGCCUCUGCCCAUCAUGGUCUUUCUGUGGGGCACCUUGUCACUGCCGCGUCCCACGAAGACCUUCUGGGUGACCCUGAUUGCCUACACCCAGGCGAUAGUGCUGGUCAAGUGCAUCUUUCAGUUCAAGCUGAUCUGGGCCAACUAUCACGACUUGAUCAACCAGCCCUUGACCACCGCGAAGAUCUUCGGAGUUGAGAUGAAGACGCAUUAUGCGGUCUACGACUUGAUCUUGCUUUUGGUCCUGUUCCUGCAUCGCUAUCUGCUCAAGUCGCAGGGUCUGUGGAAGUCCGGCUACAAGGAUACGGACCAACAGUUCGCCAAGCCCACGGCCAGCAUCGAUGAGCGCGAGGAUAGCGACAACAUGUCCCAGCCGGACUCGCGCCAGCUUAACGAGGAUGCCGCCCAGAAGCUUAGCCUGCAGGUUAGCCAGGUCUCGCUGCCUGGCUCGCCCGAAUAUGCCAAGUCGGCCAUCAAUCAGUUGGAACGCACCAAGUACACCUCAUCGCUGCACAAGUUCUUCUUCAGUCUGGUGCACAAAUCCCGACUGGCUACCGAUGUCUAUGCUCUCAUGUUCCUCUGCGACUUUGUCAACUUCUUCGUGCUGCUCUUUGGCUUUACGGCAUUUGGCACGCAACAAACGGAGAGCGAUGGCGGCGUACAGACCUAUUUGGCUGAGAAUAAAGUGCCUGUGCCCUUCCUGAUCAUGCUGCUGGUGCAGUUCCUGUUGAUUGUGAUCGAUCGGGCGCUGUAUUUGCGCAAGGCUCUGGUCAAGAAGAUCGUGUUCCACUUCCUCUCCGUGAUUGGCAUACACAUCUGGAUGUUCUUUGUGGUGCCAGCGGUGACGGAGCGCACGUUCAACUCGCUCGCUCCGCCGAUUAUAUUCUACGUGAUCAAGUGUUUCUAUAUGCUCCUGAGCUCGUACCAGAUCAAGUCCGGCUAUCCGAAGCGCAUUCUGGGCAACUUCUUUACCAAGGGCUUCUCGAUGGUCAACAUGAUUGCGUUCAAGGUGUACAUGCAAAUCCCCUUCCUCUACGAGCUGCGCACCAUACUCGACUGGGUGUGCAUCGACAGCACCAUGACCAUCUUCGACUGGCUCAAGAUGGAGGACAUCUUCUCCAACAUCUAUCUCAUACGCUGCACCCGGCAAUCCGAAACGGACUUCCCAGCAAUGCGCGCCCAGAAAAAGGCCUCGCUGUCCAAGCUGAUAAUGGGCGGCACGAUCGUCCUCUUGAUUGUCAUCUGCAUUUGGGGUCCGCUCUGCCUGUUCGCCCUGGGCAACGCGGUGGGCACCUCGAACGUGCCCUAUCAAGUGUCCUUGUCCAUACGCAUCGGCCCCUACGAGCCCAUCUACACGACCAAUAACUACGACAGCAUCUUCGAGAUCGACGCCAAGAUGUAUGGCCAAAUGACGAAUGCGUUUCUCAAGAACAAGCAAGCCUUGACCUUCAUAGCGGGAUACGAUGCCACGGACGUGGCUGCGGUCAAGCUGGCGGGCAACUCGCCCUCCCUAUGGAACAUUGCUCCGCCGGACAGGGAGCGCCUCACCAAUGACCUGCGUAACAAUCACACUCUGAUUGCCCGCUUUUCGUAUUCGUUGACCCGCAAGGCGCCUGCCAAGGGUCUCAAGGAGAAUGUGGGCGAUGAGCACAUCAUCAAGCUGGACGAAACAUUUGAGGGUCGCACGGCGCUCAUCAAUAUGCUAAACGAGACCUAUGAGCAGCUGGAGGCCAACGGCAAUGGCGAUGGCGAUGGCAAUGGCAAUGGCAAUGCUAAUGGCACCAGCAAUGCCAACGACACCAUCAGCGCUGCAGACAGCAGCAGCAAACCGAGUGGCAAUGCUAGCGAGGUCGUCGUGGUGCUACCGAACAUGAUACCCAAGUUCAUAAAGGUGCUCAACUCGGGCGAUGCGUUCGUCGUGACCGUGCUGAGCGGCAAGGAGCAGGAGUAUCGGCCGCUGGUGAUCAAAAUGCAUCGGGACAAGGCCACCAAUGGCUUGUGGUGGGAGAUACGCGACUUUUGCUAUGACAACUUCUACAACACAACACUGAAGGACUUGGCCUACAGCAACUGCACCUCGGGCAUUGUCAUGUACACGUUCAACGACAAGAAAUUCCCAUCGACUUUCAGUUUCCUAACAGCUGGCGGCAUCAUUGGUCUCUACACCACAUUCGUGUUAUUGGCCUCGCGUUUCAUGAAAUCCUUCAUUGGCGGUCAAAAUCGUAAAAUCAUGUUCGAGGACUUGCCCUAUGUGGAUCGUGUGCUACAGUUGUGCCUGGAUAUAUACCUGGUGCGUGAGGCUCUGGAAUUUGCUUUGGAGGAGGAUCUCUUUGCCAAAUUGCUCUUCCUGUAUCGCUCGCCCGAAACGUUGAUCAAAUGGACCCGUCCCAAGGAGGAUUAUCUGGAUGAUGAUGGUGAUACCGAUUCCAUACCCAGUCGCAUGAGUGUGCGACGACCUGAGCAACUACAACAACAACAGCAACAGCAACAGCAACAAUAACAUAGGUCUAAUCUAAAUGUUUGAGUUUAACUAGCGUAUGGCUUACGUAUAUUUAAGUACGUAUAUGUUUAUAUAUAGAGAGAUUGCGUUAACGUAGGUUUCAUAGUCCUUUUUUAAAUUUAUACUGCAAUUAGUUAGAGAGAAACCAUAUACAAUACACACACACACAUACACACACACAUCAAAUACACUUACAAUUAAUUACUCUGUGUAUGUAGUUAAACUUUGUCAAGUACUGCCGUGUGAAAGUGUUAUCUAGUGCAUGUUCCAUAGGGCAUACCAUACAGAUCUAUGCAUACUAAAUAGGAAUUGUAACUAAAACAAAAGAAUAACUAACUGUAAGUAAAAAGUGUUGUUAAAUA